AUGGUGCGUCUGGCGUUGGUUGCUGGCUUGAUUGGAUGCUUUCGGAUCAGUGAAGUUCUUGGACUACGGUGGAACGACAUUCAACUGGUUGAGGACAAUAAAGGUCGGUACCUAUCAGUUCGACUGCGAUGCCACAAGAAGGCCAACGUUGAAGAGGACAGCCUAGUCUAUCACUUGGUUGACAAGACGACGUCUGCGUGUUUGCGCAUUCCACGACGACUACAUCUCCAAGUUGCCCUGAGUCGGGGUGGUUCGUUCUACCGAGUGUUCGAGUCCCGGGAGCGCCGCUUCAACUUUCGAGAGCUUAUGACUUGGUGCCGUUGGGCCGAUGCGAAAACGUGCUGCGAGUACCUGCUUACUCAAAAGUUGGCCAAAAGAGUCCAAGCUUUCGCGUCUGCCGCCGUGCCUGCCCCGAAGGUGACGAAGCAGUUGUCGAUGGACAAUUUUGUCGCCCAGAAAGCCAUACCCACUGCACGAUCGGAUCGUGAGGCGUGGCUGCAAUGGUUUGUGGCGGACUCCGGAAACGGCCUGACCUGUGCGCUGAAGGACUACAGCAAAGAGAUGAUUCAGUUUGACCGCAAGAAGUACUCUGAACGGCAUACAUUGGCGAUGGCUUUCAUCAAGUACCAAUCAUUUGACCAAUUCGAAGCGUCGUACACGGGCUUUACCAAUUCGUACGCGCGAAUUCUCAAGGAGUUGAUGGCCUUGGCACCCCCCACCCGAAAGCAGGUUUAA